CUUUAGUUGAAUACAAAAAGGUGACUAAAAACGUUGUUUUACCGUGUUAAGAAAUUAAUAUAAGCCAAAAUGAAUACAAAAGUUUUAAUAGCCAGUUUGCUGGUUGCCUUUGUCUGUGUGCAAUUCGUUGAUUCUCUGGUGUGUUACACCUGUGUCACCCCAAAUGAUUGCAAGAAGCCCAAGAAGGUUACAUGCACCAAUGCUGCUGCCAAUGAGACGAGUAACUAUUUAAGGGUUUACCACCAGAAUGUCCAGAAUUUUACCAGCACGCGAUUCGACUGCCUGGCUCUUCAGUACAAAUACAACAACAAUGUGGUCAGUCAACUGCAUGGCUGCGUUCAUCCAAAUGUUUAUCCCUGCAGCUUGUCCCUCCAGCCGGCUUUUAGCCAUUUUAAUAAGACACGUUGCCUAACCUGUUCCGGUGAUAAGUGCAACAAAAGUCCUGCUGGGAAAAUGAGCAGCAGCACCUUCACCAUUGCUGCAAGUGUUUUGGGUCUCUUGCUGGUCAAGAUCUUGGCCUAAAAUAAGACUAUUUAUAAAGAUGAGCUCAACACCACAGUGGAAAAUAUUUCGUAAUAAAUUAUUUUUUUUGUUAAA